CGUCAUCACGGUGCGCCGUCUAACACUCCGAAGUGGAUAGCUGCUAUUGUGCUAGCAGUUCAUCACUACUGCGUGUCGAUUAUUAACAUUUCUUCGCAUAGUUUGAGUUUUCACACUAAAAGAUCCAGCCAUGGCGAUGCAAGCAGCAAAACGCGCGAAUAUUCGUUUACCUCCAGAGGUAAACAGGAUAUUGUACAUACGUAAUCUCCCAUACAAGAUCACUGCAGAGGAGAUGUAUGACAUCUUUGGGAAGUAUGGGCCAAUUCGUCAAAUCAGAGUUGGGAACACACCAGAAACCAGAGGAACUGCAUACGUUAUAUAUGAGGACAUCUUUGAUGCAAAAAAUGCCUGUGACCAUCUAUCUGGGUUCAACGUCUGCAACAGAUACUUAGUUGUAUUGUAUUAUAACCCAAACAGGGCUUUCCAAAAAAUGGACACAAAGAAAAAGGAGGAGCAGCUGAAACUUCUCAAAGAGAAAUACGGCAUAAACACAGACCCAGCAAAAUAGUCAACAUGGCUACAUCUGUUGUUAUGUUGUACUUUCCUUCACACGUCUCCUGUUCACUUGUCCCAAUUAAGUAAUAAUUGUUUUAAAAUCCAAAUCUGCUCAUUCUUUGGAUUGAAGCUUUGUUAUAUAUUGACUAUAUUGAGUUUUUUUGUUAAUGUCACAUACAUGGUAUAUACCAUUUGAUGUAAUAAAUGUAUUGUUUUCUUUUUUAAAUAA